AUGGGGAACAUUUUUGGAAAUUUGCUGAAGAGUCUUAUAGGGAAGAAGGAGAUGAGGAUCUUGAUGGUGGGGCUCGAUGCUGCUGGAAAAACGACAAUCCUCUACAAGCUUAAACUGGGCGAAAUUGUCACCACAAUCCCGACCAUCGGGUUCAACGUGGAGACGGUGGAGUACAAGAACAUCAGUUUCACUGUGUGGGACGUGGGUGGGCAGGACAAGAUCCGCCCCCUCUGGAGACACUACUUUCAAAACACACAGGGUCUAAUUUUUGUGGUGGAUAGUAACGACAGAGAACGUGUGAACGAAGCACGAGAGGAGCUGAUGAGGAUGCUGGCUGAAGAUGAACUCAGAGAUGCUGUGCUUCUUGUGUUUGCCAACAAACAGGAUUUACCAAACGCCAUGAACGCUGCUGAGAUCACAGAUAAGUUGGGCUUACACUCCCUGCGUCACCGCAACUGGUACAUCCAGGCCACCUGCGCCACCAGCGGGGAUGGCCUCUAUGAGGGCCUUGAUUGGCUGGCCAAUCAGCUCAAGAACAAGAAAUAAGAAGAGGAAAACCAGCAGCCACAACCACCCACCUUUAGCUUUGUUUUGGGAAUGGGGAUGCAGGUUAGGAGCAGGGCUUUUGGUUGAUACUUACAAAGUAAGAUUUGAUGUUUUGGGGACAUUUAGGGCUUUCAUUUCCAGUCUGUUGAGAUUCCUAGUAGUUUUGAGCGCAAGGUGAAAACAAACUCUCAUGUACACCAUAUUUAACCACUCUCACAAACACACAAAUAAUACACACAAACCACAAGCAAUCACAGCAGACACUUACUCUUCCAUGUUUCCACAUCUUGUCCUUAGGUGCAGUGUAUUGUAUGUUAGUCUCUAGAUGCUGUACUGAGUCAUGUGUGACUCCACUGGGUCGACAUUGAGUCAGAUAUGACUUUUGUUGAUGUAUGUUUUUAAACUGUCAGUCGUUUGUCUUUUCUGUGGGGUAACCAAGCCAUUUUUGACAACAAUCACAGCUGGCGCAUUCAUGUCACCAUAAACCUUAUUUGGUUUAAUGGUUAGCGCUCUUGUUUCAAUUUGUGGGCAAUGCUGAGGCAAUUUGACACUCAGACAAAGCGUGUACAUGUGUGCGAGCCAGUCAUCAGUGUUAAUCCUGAACAACUCUCUGAUCUGGGAAAUGAUAACGGGACGAACAUCCCCUGCCACAUGUCCUCCUACUGCCUCAGUCUUUUGAUAUCCACGGCGUGUUUCUACUCCCCGAGUACAACCAGACACACUGAAGCCGUCCUUUUUAAAUGUUUCAAAAUGCACAAUGGAUUCUUGACUGCCUGAACUGAAUGCAUCCUGGUAGCGCUUAUCGACCUGGUUACUUGCUUUUCCAUCCGCUGACCUGCAUGGAUGCUGACACAGUUUGUAAAUCCUCUCUAACUGCCUGACCACAGAAACUAACAGUAAGAAUUUGCGUUUUUCUAACAUGAACUAAUGUUUUUCUGCAGUAGCUGUCGACGUAUAUACAUAAUAGUACAAAUUUAGUAGAUUAACUUUAAUAGCCAAGUAUAGUUUAACAUCUUCAAUGCACAGCUUGCCUGCCUUCUUGUCAAUAUGAGUGAUCAAACUGCAUCAGGUUGCUCUCGCUAAUGUGUGUUUUGUCUCAGAUUUGUGUAUUGGGGGUUGAUUAUGUUGCUGUAACCCAAUAAGUCUGUGUUACUGAAUGUGAAUAUUGUUGAUGAAUCUUAAUGGCUAUAAGGAUAUUUAUUUGACAUGCAUAUUCCUUUAUUUAUGUGUUUUUGUCACUGUAUUUGUUUGAAAGAAAGCAGAUCAGUACGUCGGUGUUUUUGUUUGCAAAGAUUCAUCAGCACAUCCACAACGGACGAGUCACCACAUCACCACUGAUACCAGCACAAUCUGUCAAAGAAGUGAUUUCUUUGUGCCAUACAAGAGUACUAUCAGUCAUAUAGUACAAUGCAAGUAACAAUAUGACAUAAUGAACAGUAUAUCCACUCCAACAACGUAUCCGUGCAUUCAUAUUCAACAUCUCUUGUUUGUUAAAUCAUGAGUUUGAUGAUUUGGGUUUUGUGGCCUUAUAUUUAGUGUUGUAAAAACGGACUUUAAAUUGGUUUAAGCUGGUUUGGUUGUAGUUUUGAGUUGCAUAUAUUUAUCUAUAAAGAAAUAAUUUACAGAUUUAUUUCUCUAUGCCCGGAAAAGGCAGGUCUUGCACCACAGUUCAGGAUACGAUAAUAGUUUCAUCCAACAGUAUGUUCUGUUUUGCCAGUGCACUUGAUUCAUAUUUGGUGGUCAAUUUUCUUUUUCUUGGGGUGUAAAGAAACGUUGAUGUAGACUGUGUCUGUGAAACAAUGAUAAUCAGUGCAAAAAAAAUAAAAUAAAAAAAUCUGAUGAUUCAUUCUGUACCGUUAUAGUUACACAAGUAGAUUUAAACUGAACAGUGAAGCUCAUGUUUCAAUGCUGAAUGCAUGGAGACAUCUGUAUGUGAUGUAAGACGACAAAAUCCUGCUGUAUUACAAAUAAAACCCAUUUUCUGUAUGA